AUGGAGGGAUCGGCGACGGAGGGAAAUCACGGAGGCGAUCCCCGCGCUGAGCAUGCCGCGACCAAGGAGUCCAAUGCGGCGGCAACGCAACACCAUCUGACGCUGCUCCAGCCGGCCGUGGUCGAAGUUUCUGCAGUCGUGCUGGAUAAGGACAAGGUGGGGGAGCACGAGUUAGUGGGGCUGGUCGGUGGCUCUCCACCUUCUGGUGGACGAGGGAGGCGUAGGCAGAGGAAGAGCGAUGGGGAGGACGAUUAUGACACCGCCGUGCCCGGGGACCUCAUUACGCGGGCGAAGAGGUGGCAGACGACAGGUAGUGCAGACGACGCUGGAGGCGCGGCAGUUGGGACACCGCGAGGCGCCAAGGAAGCUAGUGGCAAGGCGGGCGGUCAAGCAUUGCGCCAGAAGGGCCGACCCGCAGCAAGAAAAGCAUCCGGCGGAAGGAGAGGCAAGAAAGCAGCGACGGGAACAAAGCCAAAACGGGGCGAUGAAGACCCCGGUGAUGCGGAGGAGGAGGAUGAGAAGGAGGAUGCGGAGGGAGAGGAGGAUGAAGAGGAAGCGGAGGAGGAUGACGCGGAUGUUGGGGAGGAUGAAAAAGAUGAGAAUGAUGGCGGGGAGGACAAAGAGGAGGAGGAGGAGGAGGAGGAGGAGGAGGAGGAGGAGGAGGAGGAGGAGGAGGAGGAGGAGGAGGAGGAGGAUGAGAAGGAGGAGGAGGAGGAGGAGGAGGAGGAGGAGGAGGAGGCAGAGGAGGAGGAGGAGGCAGAGGAGGCAGAGGAGGAGGAGGAGGAGGAGGAGGAGGAGGAGGAGGAGGAGGAGGAGGAGCAGGGUGACGACGAGGAGGAGGAUGUGGAGGAGGAGGAGGAGGAGGAGGAGGAGGAGGAGGAGGAGGAGGAGGAGGAGGAGGAGGAGGCAGCGGAGGAGGAGGAGGAGGAGGAGGAGGAGGCAGCGGAGGAGGAGGAGGAGGAGGAGGAGGAGGAGGAGGAGGAGGAGGAGGAGGAGGAGGAGGAGGAUGUGGCGCCAGUGAAGGGAAAGGGCGGGCGUGGCAGACUGCAUUUUGUUACACGAGAGGAGUUCCAGGCGCUGCGGUCUGAGAUGUACGCCAUGUUUGCACAGCUCGGCCUGCGUCGUGGAGUACCUGCCAGCUAUGCCGGCGGGUCGGCAGCCCUGCCUAUGGCUGGUACCCCGCCGCCGAUGAGCGCCGUGGACAAGGCACGAGUGCUAGUGUUGCAGGAGACAAACCCAUUCCCGGUAUGUGGCGGGCAACAUGGGGAGGGUUGGGGUUGA